AUGGCAAUAUUUGGUUUACAAAUCGUUAUAUCAUUAGUUGUUUUUUGUUUUUUAACUAAAUUAACUAAGUAUUACUCAUUUGGCCGUUGGUUAUUAUGUAAAGGUUUAUUUUGUUAUUGGCCACCAUCAAAUGAGGAAUUAAAACAAGCAAUAAAACAACGUUAUACAAAAGAAACUAAUACAAAAUCAAAAAAAUCAAAUUUAUCAAAAUCUUAUCAUAAAAAUUCUUCUAUUAAUAAUAAUGAUACAUCAAAUAUCAACGAAGAAUUUACUGUUCCAACUGAUACAUCAAUUGAAUUAAAAUUAAUUUCAUUAGGACAUCAAGAUGUUAUACAAAUCAAAUAUAUUGAUGAAUUUUUUUCUUUAGUUGAUUUUAUAUCAGGUUCAAUAGUAAUUUUUCUUCUAACGGAAUUAUAUCUUUAUGUAAUUCCAUUGAUUCGUCAUAAUACGGAACAUUUAAAUGAAAUCAAUUUAAGUUUAUUUUGGUGUACACUAUCAUUAUUACUUGCAUUAGCAGUUUUAACAAGAUUUGUUCGAGAAUAUUUAAAAGUCGAUGAAGGAAUUUUAUGUAUUCUAUUUGGUGCUUUAUCAUUUUUAAUUGCAUUAUGUUUACAAUAUAUCGAUGAAAAAUUCUUUCAUUUUAAUUUAAAAGAUACAUUUGGAAAUCGUACAAUUGUGUAUAAUGAUGAUAAUGAUGAAGAAGUUAAUUAUCUUGAUCGUCGUUUUUUAUAUAUUGUUAUGUUAUUAGCAUUUAUAAAUGCAUACCAAUCAAUAAUAUUAUUUUUUCCAGCAUUUCGUUUUGGUCAAUUACAAUAUUUAAUUUUAUUAAAAAUAAAAACUAAAACAUUACAAAAAAAAGAUUUUAAACAAAUCUUUGUAUUUAUUUUAACAUUAAUUAAUUUUAUAUUACCAAUAUUUACAUGUCUAUUAUGGUUUAAACCAAUAAUAGAACGUUUGGAUGAAAAUUAUCUUUUACAAUUACAAAUAAUUUCAGUUGUUUCAUGUAUUUUCUUACGUAUUUGUUUAUUUAAACCAUAUGUACAAACAUAUCUUGAUACAGCAUUUGAUCGUGUUAAAACAUUAUAUGAUCAACAACAAUUAACAACAACAAAAAUAACAAAUUUAUCAUAUCAACGUAAUGUAACAUCAAUAUUUCUUUAUCUUGGAGUUGUUACAUCUCAAUAUAUAUUACCAGCAUUUAUUGAAUUAAUUAUUUGUUUUUUUUUCAAAAUUUUUUCGUAUGGUAAUAAUGUUAUACCUAUAAAUUCACCAACACCACCGAAAUGGUUACAAUCUUUUGAUAGUUAUAUGAUGAAUUCAACAGAUGCAAAUUCAUCAUUACUUGUAACAUGGAACGAACUACGUACAUUAUUUAAUCAUCAACAUGUGACUGUAAUACUUUCAUAUUUAUUAUUUUGGCAUCAUACAAUGUUUUGUUUAGUCAGUUGUGGAUCGUUAAUUUAUAAUACAUAUAUACAACGUGAACAACAUAUUCAUACUAAAAAUGAUUAA